CGUAGUGCUGAAAAUAAAACAUUCAGCUGCUCAGUCUGUAAGAAAGCUUUUUCAAAUAAUGGAAAUUUAAAGGCACACAUGAGAAUCCACACAGGAGAGAACAUCUUUAGCUGCUCAGUCUGUACCAAACCUUUUACAAAUAAUGGAAUUUUAAAGGAACACAUGAGAAUCCACACAGGAGAGAAACCCUUUAGCUGCUCAGUCUGUACCAAACCUUUUACACAUAAUGGAAGUUUAAAGGAACACAUGAGAAUCCACACAGGAGAGAAACCCUUUAGCUGCUCAGUUUGUACCACAUAUUUUGUGCAUAGAGGAAGUUUAAAGGAACACAUGGGAGUCCACACAGGAGAGAAACCAUUCAGCUGCUCAGUCUGUAACAAAUCUUUUGUGCAUAGAGGAAGUUUAAAGGAACACAUGAGAGUCCACACAGGAGAGAAACCAUUCAGCUGCUCAGUCUGUAAGAAAUAUUUUGCAAGGAAAAGAUGUGUAAAACGACACAUGAGAGUCCACACAGGAGAGGAAAAAUAGAGCUGCAAUGUUUGUGACAAAAUAUUUAAAUGGCGUAAUCGUUUCAAAAGACACAAGUGUGUUGGUCGGCAGAUGCUUCUGUAACUGUAAGGGAAUACAUUUGUAUGGUUUGUAUCCUGAUGACCUAAUGCUGUUACAUGUAAUACUUUACUCCCUAAGCCUGAUUUCACCCACCUGCAAACGAUUCGCUAAUAAUCACAUAUGUUCAUUUCUUUGACACCUUGACUCGACUAUUUCUUGUUUAAUAAUCGUUACAUCUCCUCAGGACCAAGUUCCCGUGUCCUGCCUUUCACCUGCUGAUCAUCGACUGCUCAUUUAAGGUGGACUGACCUUUACAAGGGACCAGCUAGUCUUAGUGUCUUAAUGUAAACGUUUUGUAAAGUGAUGCUAGACCAAAAACGUGUUGUUGGGUUGUGUGCUCUCUGCAGGACGGUGUCUGUACUCAAAGAUUGUUUAUGAAAUGAGAGCUUCACUCUAUUUUUGUUGUCUAAACAAUGCCAACAGUGCAAUACGUCUUAUUUCCAUCAGAUGGCAUAAAUGUUACAUCAUCCAGUUCAACUGUCAUCCACAUAUUAAUGAUUCAAAACAGCAAUGUGUAAGAUAGGGCUAGUAAUUGACUAUUUCAACAGAAUGUGAAGAGGUUACAGUCUUGAGGCCAUGUCCAAUAUGUUUAUGUUUUGUUUGGUUAAAUCUACUGAAAUGAGCA